UUAUCCCAUCUCUCCAAUCUGGUCACACUAAAUUAGAAGCGCGUCUGUUUGUAAAUAUCCUUAUAUUGUUUUGAACUCGCAAUUUUCAGGAUUUAUUCACGUCAUGGACCCACCAAACAGUGCUACCAUGGAACUAGGCCAGUAUGCAUACGACCUGAAGUAUUUUACCUUCAAUGAUCUGCAAGUUUCAGCAGAAAGGGAGUUCCUGGUGCGGGAAGUGGCCAGGAAAGUCGUGGGACACGCCAUUAACCAAAUCGGGACACCGAAAACCUCUGCCUUGUUAGAAGCUCAGAAAGAAACGGUGGUGGACUGCAUUGUGAAGUCCUGCAGUGACAAAAUCAAAUGCCUAAGGGAUCUGGACAGCAAGGUAUUCCGCAUUCCAUCGCAUGUGCUACAGUUCCAGGACAUUCGCCUGUCUCAUCAGUACACCAGCGAGGACGAGGAGCAGCGUCUGGAAGCCUUGGAAGCGCUCAAAGCGCGUUACAGGGAGAACUUGGUUAUGCAAGCCCUACUUUUUCUGGAGGAGAAACAGUACGAGGAUAUGGAGGAUAUUAUUCAGGAAGAAAUGGAAUUCCAUAGCCGCAUCCAUGAGACUCGCAGCCUCUACAAUUUGUCCAAGCUACCAAAGUUCAUCUCUCAGAUGUCCACAUCAGGACAAGAUAUUAAGAAAAUGUCAUGCGACUUGCCCCCUUCGAGUUAGUUAUUCGAAGACAUUCUAUUUAAAACGUAUAUGAGCUGAAAUGGCUAAAAUACAAACUCUUAUCUUUAAGAAAUAUUAUGCAUAUUAUUUCUUAUAAUCUGGGAAUCAAAUAAAAAGUCCCUACAUUCCCUCAGGUUA